AUGGGCAGGGAACGGGCGAAGGGAGGAACCAAGUUCACGGGUUGUGUUGCACCGCCGGACGGAUUGGAGAGUCGGACAGGAAGCGGAGGUUGUCGUGGAGGCGCGUCCCCAUUGUUAGUUUCAUGAUUUAAAAAUGGCAGAGACAGAAGUCAACACAGUGUUUCUGCAGCAACUGAUGGAGUUGGGUAUUUCUGAAGAUAAAGCCAAGGAGGCUCUGGUUAAAACUGGAAAUCAAUCCAGUGAUUGUGCUGCUAUGUUUUACUUCAGUGAGCUUGAAAUGUUUCCUGGGCUUGAAGCUAAUGAGUCCUUGAAUGAUGAGUACAAGAUGGUACUUGUUGUGAACAUGGAAUUGACCAUGGGAAUCGGAAAGGUUGCAGCACAGGUGGCGCACGCUGCUUUGGGCUUGUAUCAGAUGAUGAUGGAGGAGUCGGACAGAUGGCAGACGACGCUGAGAAUAUGGGACGACGAUGGAGGCAAGAAGAUUGUAUUGAAGGGAAUGAACACUGGGCAUCUCCUGGAGUUACAAGAUCUGGCAUGUCGACAGAAGCUACCAAAUUACUUGGUACAAGAUGCAGGAAGGACACAGAUUGCAGCUGGAUCCCGCACAGUCUUGGCAAUCAUGGGCGACGAGAAGUUGGUCAAUCAGAUAACAGGGAGUCUCCCAUUGUUGUGACAUUAACAACUAACACUGGCUUCUACAGAAAUGGUGACUGGAAGAAUAAAGAAAAAGACAUUGAAUGAUAAUAGCUGGAAACCCUGCAUGAUGAACAGAUACAUUCUUGCUGCCGUAUAAUUUGAAUCUUAAAUUUUAAGUAUUAUUGCUGUUGUGCUGAUGUUUGAAGGUUAGUAUUCGGCCUUCCAAACAAAAUAUCACCUUUUGGUUCAACGGUAUUAUGUUUGAAAUACUGUCAAUUUUCAAAAUCAUUUGGACUGAAUGCUACAUAGGACAAAGGACAUUUGUGAAGGAAAAGAAACUGAUAUUCGGCAAGCAGCUGGAGUUGUCUUUCAUUGAUGCGGGCAAUAAUAGCAGAUUAAUGGUUAAGCUUCCGGAUAGAUGGUGAUCAGUAAUCCUGAUCUUUUCAUGCUGAAUCAGAAUGUUUCCGCUUAAUGGUUCAGGAUGUACGAAAUUAUGAAUAACAUAAAAUAAUUCAAAUGAAUGUGAAGGAAAUGUGCCGCCUGCAAAAUUUGGGCAUUGAACAAGCAUUUAUUGAAUGGUCAUGUACUAACUAUGGUCCAGUUAUACCACAACUUAGCUGGUACCUGUGAUAUUCCAGUUAAGUGGUUUUUAUAAAUUAUUCUGGUCCUGCUAUGAGAUUUCCAACUGUCAGUGAGGUUGGUCAAUCUCAGUGCACCAGGAAUCAUUACCAUGUUAAGUAUGUUUUGGAUUUUGUCAUUUAAAAUGUAUUAAUUAUUUCAAAUUAAAGUUUUUAAGUUAUGUUCUUCUGAUGGAUAUAUUUAACUGCAAUGUUGGUUCAGUUAUUAUCUCUCACCAUACACACAACUCUUCACUGAUUCCUCACUACAAAAAAUAGUAUUUCUUUCUUGAAAGUUGAUUUGGCCUUCUGUUGAUGACAUUGGCUCUACAUUAGCUUAACCAAGGAAUUGCUGAGUUACCAGUACCAAUGGGCACGCACAAUAACUGUUAUGGGUACUUGUGUACAGUCAGCAACUGGUAAUAAAGCUAAUGUCAUAUUCUGCCUUCUCUAAAUAUAUACAUGGUUCAGCACUAAUUUGAACCACGAAUAAUAGCUUUCGCUUGGCUAGGUGUGCGCUUCUUCCAAAAGUGUCAUUGAGAAUAUGCACCAUUUGUGAUGGUCUGUACUCCAGGCAAAUGCUCCACUUACUUUGCUCCAGAUGGCAAUGUUACAGUGCACUUGGAAUAGAUUGCAACUUUGGGAAGAAGUACAGGUCUGUCUCUCAGCUAAAUUGGUAACAUAAAAAGCAUUAGUUCUGAAAAUAGCAUUCAGAAUUCCAACAGUCAUAUCGAACUAAGAUGAAAUCAUCUUGUGUGGUCAAGUACUAUGAAGCUGUGCAUUUUAAAACUAUGUAUUGUAUACAUUAUGGUUGCAUGUAUGACCCUUCCUGGAAUGUUUAGCAGAGGCCUGCUUUAUAUCCAGCCUCAUUUUUCAGAAAAUGAAUUAAAUCUUCAUUUGACAUUUUACCACUUCCAAAUGAUUAGGCGUGCCCCAUUUAUUUAAAUUGUGAUAUAGGAAAUGUAUCAAUGAAUUUGUAAAACUCUACAAUGUUCAAUGAGAUAAAAUUAUUAUUUAAUAAACAAUGGCAAGUCAUGCAAGUGUUUAUGCCCAUUUAUGAAGGGACAAAUAUAAUCCUGUCCAGACAACUUUGCAAAUUUGUAGAAAGGCUUGAGCACACACCUUACUGAUGCAUGCGAGUGCCAUCAUUGAACCGACGUUAAGAGCAAACCAAAACAUUAAUAUCAGUUAACCAGC